AUGGUAGGGAUCAUUGGUGGGCCAGACAAUCAAGGCAAUGCGAAGCAGAGUACUGAGUCUGCUCUUGUUGUAAUCUUCGAUCGGGAACGACCUCGGGGAAGGAUUAACUUUACCUCUUCUCACAUAUUGAUCUGCCUCGUCAUUGGAAGAGUGACCGACUUUGGUGGAUGA